GGUAUCUCCAAUCCUUUUCUUCCCACCUCACUCCCACUCCCACUCCCAGAGUCAGCCGCCACCCUCUGCUCCCCGCAGCAGAGUAGAUCUGGCGGCCACACGCUGCGGGAUGCUCGCCGGAGCGCUGGGAGGAGGCGACACGGCGGAGCACCAUGGAUGGAUCAUCUGCUUGCUUAGUUGAGGAGCGAUUCGUUUAGUUCCUCACCUCCAUCUGGUAGCAAGCAACAAUUUUAGGUAAAUCUGGCGCGUAUUCCUCAUCCCACCAUCUGUCAGCAAGCAGCAAUUUUAGUUAAUUAAUGGAUCCCCGAGGUGGUAUAACACAAAUGGAGCUGGAGUACUUGGCACACGAUGAAGAUGCAGAGCCCAUUGCCCUGCCAUUCCAACUUUUGGAGAAAAUCACAGAUUAUUUUUCUCACGAGUUGAUAAUUGGAAGAGGUGGCUUUGCGGUGGUUUAUAAGGCAGUGCUUGAUAAUGGCAUUGUCGCUGUGAAGAAGUUGUCAAAUACGCACAUGUAUGAGGAGCAAUUCCAGGGUGAGGUGCAAUGUCUCAUGAAGGUGAAACACAAAAACAUUGUACGAUUUCUCGGAUAUUGCGCCGACACACAAGGGAAUAUUUCGGACUACAAAGGGAAAAUGGUUAUGGCAGAUGUACAGCAGCGGUUGCUCUGCUUUGAAUAUCUACCUAAAGGAAGUCUUGAUGGUUAUAUAACAGAUUCACCUGGAGAACUUAACUGGAGAAAGCGAUACGAUAUGAUAAAGGGGAUCUGUGAAGGGUUACAUUAUCUUCACCAGAAUAAUAUUCUGCACUUGGAUCUAACACCCGGAAAUAUAUUAUUGGAUGAGGAUAUGAUGCCGAAAAUUACUGAUUUCGGAUUGUCAAGGUGUUUUGAGGAAGACCAAACAGGGGUCAUUACUAAAAAUGUGGCCGGAACGAGGGGAUAUUUGGCGCCGGAAUGCUAUAACAAGGAAAUCAUACUCACGCACAAGUUUGACUUAUAUAGUCUUGGUGUUAUAAUGAUAGAGAUAUUGACCGGAAAGAAGGGGUGUCAAGUUACUAUUGAGAAUGUACUUCAAAUUUGGAAUAAUACGAUGUUGGAUGCACUGCAGUGGGAUCAAAUACGAGUAUGUGCGAAGAUUGGGAUGGAGUGCACAGAAGUCGAUCCGGCAAAGAGACCAGCUAGUAUGAAGCACAUAAUCGAUUGCCUUGCUGAAAUAGAAUGUAGUACGCAUGUAAUCCCAGCAGGUGGGACAAGAGAGCUUCUUCUCGUUCACCCGUCCGUGAUUUGCUUCCCCUUUGAGCCCAACAAGGCUAUCACGUGCCCGCUGCAGCUAACAAAUAACACCGAUAAGCACGUUGCAUUUAGGCUUAUGGAUAAUAGCAUGGAGUCUUCCUUCCUAAGGCUGCCAUUGUAUGACGUUGUGCCACCUAACACACCUUACACUCUCAUUGUGACAACACAAAAGAAAGAAGAUCUACCACGAAAGUAUAUCAUAGAUGUGAUCCUCCAAAGUGCUACCUUAAUAUUGGGGGAUGAUGAUCAUAUAAACACUUUUCGAAGCCAGCCAGACAAGUUUUUUCAAGAGACAGGGAAUGAUGUACAGGUGGUGAAACAGAAAGCACUUUAUACCUUGACACACAUCGCAACGUCAUUCUCUAAGCCAAUCUUGUCCACAGUCAAGGUACACGUCUACAUAGAAAUGCAUCUCAGUUGCUUGGACACAAACCGGGCCAAGCAGUGGAUAAUAAUAGGAGACGAAAAUGGACACGUUGGCUUUUGGGACUAUCCGACACAGAAAAAAGUGGAUGCGCUUAAAGUCUCAGCGAGUCGUGUUACGUGCAUUAGAUUCAUUGAACGGAAGCAAUGGAUUGUUGCUGGGACAGAAGAUGGGUAUCUCCAUGUGUACAGCUAUGAAACAAGAUUUCAGAAGAUCACGAGUUUAAGAGUUGGUGCCAUUGAGAAUCUGGAGUCACGGGCUGCUCAUACCCAUCUGGCCAUCCAUCCAACCCAGCCGUAUUUGUUGUCGGUGUAUGGUUUUAAAGUGAAACUUUGGGACUGGGACGUGGGCUGGGAGUGCAUACAAACAUUUGAGAAUGAAGAGCUUAUGACAAUACUUCGAGUCGCAUUUAACCCAAAUGACACAUUUGCGACUGCUUCGAUGGAUUGCACAGUGGAGGUUUGGAGUCUUGAUUCUCCCGAAUUUAUAUACACUCUAGUAGGGCAUUCGAGCAUAGUGAAUUGCCUGGAUUUCUUCACAUGUGAUGAUCAGGAGUAUUUGGUUACUGGCUCACAUGAUCAGACUGCAAAGAUAUGGGAUCUGCAGAAGAUGAUGUGUAUACAUACACUUGAGGCUUUUGUAUCUCCAGUAAUGUCUCUCCUGUACCAACCCGAUCUUCAGAUUCUAAUUACAGGUUCACAAGAUGGCGCUAUUUAUUUGUGGAGCACCAGAAACUGCGGUCAUACAUGGAUUUCAACUCUACUUGCUGACAAACAAAAUUCCCAUAGGAAUUAUUCAUGUCCCCCGGCGCUUAAUAGAAUCAUCAAGGUUGGUUGUGCUGGAGCUGUCUACCAUCUCGCAUGUGUGAUGGGAGGGCUUCUGAUUGGAAAAGAAAAUGCAGUAGCAAUUAUCGAUGUCGAUGAUGUGAAUUAUCAGGAGCAACCAACGGAUAAAAGUGAGCAGCAAUUAAGUGCAUGUACGACACACCAUGCUGGAGACAUGUCUAAGUGUUACAAUCAAGAGGCCACAAAUCCUCAAUACAAGGUGGAGCCGAAGGUAACCACACAGCUGUGGUUCUCUCGGAGCGGCUGCAAGUGGCCAAACGUUCGGCGACACAAUUCUGACUGCGAUGAAUUUUCUGGGCAGGAAAAAGCAUGGUCCAAGAGCAAGCUACUUGAUGUCCACCCGCUGGAACUCCGCUUCCCCUAUUGUCCCAAUGAGCCUAUCCCUUGCUCACUGCACCUAACAAACAACACAGAUGAAAAUGUGGCAUUUAGACUUGUAGACAAGAGUGGCAAGUCCCCAUGGUGCUUCACAAAGUUGCCGCUGUGCGGCAUUGUCCCUCAUGGAUCCACUUACACUUUGACUGUGACAAUGAAGGAGGAGAUGAAGCUAAAGGAAGAGACAGACUUUGAUCUCGUUAUUCAGAGCAGUUUAUUGGGAGAUAAGUACAUCGAGGUAUUCAAUGACCAAUCUGAGUCUGAUACAUUUUUCAAAGAAGCCAAACUGUUUGGGAAUAUGGUGCAUGAAGUGACACUGAAAGCUGUUUAUGUGCAGUACGGAGAGAUUACAUCUGAGAAUAUAUCUGUGAAGUAUAAUCCUGACUCUUUGUGGUCCCUGGAUGCACACCCAACAGAGCCAUGGAUUUUAACAGGUCAUAAUAGUGGAUAUGCUCGCAUAUGGAACAAUGAGAUGAAGUUCCUGAUUAAUUCGUUUAAAGUCUCAGAUCAGGAUGCAGUAAGCUGCGUCAAAUUUAUUGCAAGAAAGCAGCUGAUUGUAGCUAUGACAGAUCUUGCUCACCUCCAUGUGUACGACUGUUCAUGUGUAACAAAAAUCGAAAAGAUCAGUUUUGAACGUGGUGAUUACGGCACCAGUACACUACUAGCCGUUCAUCCGAUCCUACCAUAUGUGUUGGCAUCAGGUUUAGUGCUUUUAAACUGGGACCUGAGCUGGAAGACCACACGAAUAUUUGAGUCUGAGGCUGUCACAGCAGAGACAGUUGUGUUUAACACAAGGGACACCAACAGUUUUGCGAGUGGGUCUUAUGAUGGCGAAGUGCAGGUUUGGAGGCUUGAUUCCUCCGACCCUGAAUAUUCUUUGAUUGGACAUUUGAAGAAGGUGACAUGCCUUGACUUUGUCACAUGUGGAGAUCAACAGUAUUUGAUCAGUGGAUCUUAUGACUCCACUGUCAAGAUCUGGGACUUGCAGAAAAGGGAGUGCAUUUGUACGCUGGAAGCCAUGUCACCAGUUCAUUGUGUCCUUGCCCAUCCAAACCUUCCAGUUAUAAUUACAGGAACAGAACAUGGCAUCAUUCAUCUGUGGAACUCCACUGAUUUCAGGCUCAAGAGAACCAUUAGCUUAGGUGGCGGUGGACCUGUUAUCACUCUCGGAUGUUUGAUGGGUUCACCAAGGUACCUAUCCUUGUUUUUGUUUCAUUUCCAGACUGACUAAGAGGGUUGUGAUUGGACAAGAGAACGCAUUUUUUGCCAUGGAUAUCCACGAUGACUGGGGCGGCCAACCCCAGGGGAGAGAUAAUUUCAUUGGUAAAUUUCAGUGAUUUUGUGUUUGAUCCCGGGUGUUUCUUCCUCAGAUUGUUCAUCCUCAUUAACUAGACAACAAUGGCCCUAGGUUUGCUUGGUUCCUCUCUAGAGGAAGCGUUGCCUGCCAAGAGACAUAGACAGUGGUGAGUCACACCGGCGGCUACCAGUGGUUAGAGAUGAGAAUCUAAACAAUGUAGCCGCGCCCGCCGAUUGGGAGACGGGCGAACUUUUUUUCAUUUUGAUCGAUGUGAAGAGGGAACUCGAGGUCUGGACACAAGUACCUCUUGAUUACUCGAGUGUAAAAUGUUUGCAACUAAAUUGUUAUUUUGAUAAGUAUUUGAGUACACCUACAGCUCAAUCCUGGGUGGUUGUGCUUCAACAAUUUACAGUGUAUGUAUUCCCAUCAACGAAUAAUCAUGGAUGACCAGAGUAAGUAUGUUGCAGGGAUUCUGCUACUGACA